GAUAACACCAACCCAAAUAUGAUACCAGACCACCAGCUGCCGCGGGUUACAUUUCUAAACAAACUCAAAUCUGUACAUCGGGAUAUACAGCACUGCCAAGCUCCCCGUACUUACUUUGUUACCGGUGUCUGUUUGCUUAGUGAGGAGUGUGUAGCUUGAAGCCUUAACUAGCCUAUCUCUCCUUCCCUCUCAGACCAAAGAAAAAAGCGGCCAAGACACAGUCACCCCGUCCGACAUCAUCAACAAACAAAAAGCCCACUAAGAGACGAGGCAGCCCGGCCAUCAGGCAGCGACCCAGCUAUCCACCAUCUUAACCCGCUGCAAAGACGCAAAUGUACAAUCUGAUCAACAGGUGCCUUUGCCAAUGGUCGGAGGAACGCCGGAUGAGAUGAGCAGAGAGGUUCACGGUAUCUUUGCGGAUGUACGAAAGUGAACGGAAGAGAGAUUUCUGACCGAGCCCGAGCCCUUGGAGUUACACGUGCAGCCGGUGAAGAAAAUGAAGGGAUAACGGCGGACGCGCGGGCAGAGCUUUGGUUUUAGCGAGAGGAGGGCGGAGCUGCGGAGUGGCGAGGAGGAGCGUUAACAAGAGCUGAGACAAACAUCUGAGGGUGUCCACUAUGUGCUGAUAACCUCAUGAAUGCUAGAGAGAUGGUGAGGAAGAAGAAUCCCCCUAUCAGGAGUGUGGGAGGAGAGGAGGAAGAGGAGGAGGAAGGGAAGAGGAAAACGACAGGAGAGGAGGAAGACGAGGGAGACGAGGAGGGACGAGUGGGAGCGGAGGCCGACCGGAUCACCCAUCCUUCCGAGCCAGAAUCCUCGGAACACCUCAGGACCGGGCCCGGCGAGGAUCAGGAGGAGGAGGAGCGAGAGAGCGAAUGCGUGUCUUCGUCCGUGUCGCCUUCGUCCAUCGGUUAUGACGACAGGCGUUCGGCGGGCGCGAGAUCCAAAGUCGGCGCCGAAGACAGGGACAAAGCCGACAGGAGCGAGGGAGAUGUCCAUCCGGAAGUGGCGGGAGGAGUUUUGGUGGGGGAGGAGGUCAUGAGGGACACGCCCCCUCUGUCCGGAAGCCCCUCCCCCAAGCUCCAGGACUUCAAAUGCAACGUGUGCGGUUACGGUUACUAUGGAAACGACCCCGCCGACCUGGUGAAGCACUUCAGGAAGUACCACCUGGGCCUGCACAACCGCACCAGGCAGGACGCCGCGCUGGACUCGCACAUCCUCGCCCUGCACAACAUGGCGCCCCACACAGCUCUGGAUGUCCAGGUGGGACAGGGGCCGAGGAACCAAGCCAAAGAUUUGGGGAAGAUCCGACAAGAUCUCCUGAGCCAGCAGCAGAGGAGUGUGUUGCUGAACGGCACAUAUGACGUCCAGGUGACGCUCGGUGGUACGCUGAUUGGGAUUGGCCGGAAGACGUCAGACUGCCAGGGUAACACUAAGUACUUUCGCUGCAAGUUCUGCAACUUCACGUACAUGGGCAGCAACUCCAUUGAACUUGAACAGCACUUCCUCUCCUCACAUCCAAAUAAGGUCAAAACCCCGCCCCCGACGCCUUUAAUGUCAAACAACAACAACAACAACAGCAUGGCAGCUCACGAUGGCCUGACAAAGGGGCGGAGUCAGAUUGUUGAGGGGGCGGAGCGAGUGGCUGUGAGGUCCGAGGAUGAUUCUUUAGUGGGAUACUCGGUCCCGGUUACGGCGUGUAGCGACUCCCCGGGCUGGACAGGGGAGGUGGGCCGGGGAGGGCCCCUGGCGUAUUAUUGGUGUAAGUUUUGCAGCUGGAGUUGCGAGUGGGCGGGAGGAUCGUCAAAGCUGAUUGAGCAUUAUGAGCAAAGACACAAGAACUGUAACCCCCCUGGGAGCGAGCGAGAGAGGAGGAGGGACGGAGAACAUGUGGCAUCCAAAACUCGCAAAGACGGGUCAUCUAAUCCAACCAGCACCAGCCAAGACCCGAACAGCAGUGACCCCGACGCCGUGGUAACCAGCUACAACUGUCAGCUUUGCGAUUUCCGGUACUCGAUGGCUCACAGCGCGGACGUGAUCGUGGUGGCACCUUUACUGCUCCACUACCAGCACAACCACUCCAUCCACCGCUGCUGCAUUCAACACUGCAUGUACUGUCCGCAGGGCCUGUGCCAGCCGCAGAAACACCUGGGGGAGGUGUCCCAUCCUUUUGCUUGUCGGAAGCCCGCCUGCUCUAAAUGCUGCUCUAAGUUCCCCCCGUCCACCAAACCCCAGGACACUGCUGGUUCAAAGCCUGCCACUUCACCGAGCUUGACCCCUCCUAACCCCCGAAUCGACCCCACUAACACAGCACAUCCCAUGGUCACGCAAGGAGUUACGCAUUUAUGUGACCAAUGUGCUUUUGCCACCUCCGACAUCGACGUGCUGCUUCAACACUACGAGAGCUGCCACACCGUCACCAGCCUGAAGGGGGCGCCGCCUCACGUCAAAGCGGAGGAGGACGGCGGGGGAGAGAAAGAGGGAGGGAGAGGGGGAGAGAGGGAGUACUCCUGCACAAAAUGUCACUUCAUCACAGAGGUGGAGGAGGAGAUAUUCAGACACUACAGACGUGUCCAUGCAUGCUGCCGCUGCAGACGCUGUGACUUCACCGCCCCCGACUCAACAGCCCUCCUCGACCAUUUUAACUCUGCCCAUUGCCACGACUCCGCCCACUCUCUAAACUCCUCCCCCUUAGCCGCUUCCUUCACGCCUUCUCUAACUCUCUCGGCCAAUGGGUGUUCAGCUCCCUCUACAUUAGCCAUCAAAGAGGAGAGCAAGGGCGAUAUCCGACUGCUGUACUCGCUAGCGCCCCCCGAGGGAAGGCUGGCAGAGGGGGGCAGGGAGGAGAGUGUGGUCAAAAGUGAAAGUGGCGAGGAGAAGGAGAGAGAGAAAGGAUGGGUGAUAGCGGACACAAGAGGGACAGUGGAGAGAGGGGGGGAGCAGGCGCAUGGUCUGCUUUGGGUGCCCAAGGAGCGAAUCGGGGCCGAAACUCGACCAGGAAGUGGCAGCCCCUCCCUCUACCCGAGCAGCCUAUCACUGUCAUUCGUCUCGCCCAAUCACGAGUCACCGCAAUCCAAAAGAGGCUCACCCAGUAUGGUCUAUCUGAGUGACACCAAAGCGUUCAUGGGAGAUUCUAAAAUGUUUAUGGGAGAAACCAAACUGUACGGAGGCGGAAGGUCGGGAGGUGGAGGAGGGGCAGGUGGAGGUGCGGGAGAGAAGCAAAUGACCAAUCAGCAGUUCUCAACGGCAGCUGGAGGCGGGGCUACAGGAGGAGGCGGGACCGGAGGGAGUGGUGGACAAGAGGGCAAGGGAGCGGCCAAAGAGGAGUCCCAGUCACUGCUACGGCGCCGGAGAGGGAGCGGGGUCUUCUGUGCGAACUGCCUGACCACCAAGACGUCACUGUGGAGGAAGAAUGCCAACGGUGGCUACGUGUGCAACGCAUGUGGACUGUACCAGAAACUACAUUCGACACCCCGACCUCUGAACAUCAUCAAGCAGAACAACGGAGAGCAGAUAAUCCGACGUCGAACUCGCAAACGCCUCAACCCUGACUCGCUGCCUUCUGAAAACCCCGCCCCCAAACGGCAACAGGUGCCGAGCGAGGAGCGCAUCAACGGCGACGAAACUGACCGAAGCUCAGUGAAGAACCAGCAGCCCUCCCCCCGCUCUCGCUCGCCACGCUCCACACAAGCUUUCCUCGCCAAUCAAACUCUGGAGAUCCACCGACGAAUGCCUCCCCUUCUGCUGCCAUCCCACCCGUCGUCUUUAGAGGGCAAUGGCGGUCUUCCUGAUUCUGGGUUGAUCUCCAAACUUGACGGAGGAAAAGGAGGCGGCUCGGAAAGAGGAAGCCCGAUUGAAAAGUACAUGCGGCCAUCAAAACCGUCAAGCUACUCGCCACCGGGUUCGCCAAUUGAGAAGUAUCAAUAUCCGCUCUUCUCUUUGCCGCUACCUUUAACCUUAUCACCGGAUUUGGCUCCCGAGUCCGACUGGCUUCGAUUCUGGACCAAAUACAAGAUGGCAGCCACGUCUGGUGUCGCCGGCGGCAUCAGUAACCUUAGCAAUGCAGCUAGCCUCGGAAACAGUUACUUAGGAAUGGUUAGCCCAGUAACGCAACAUCAUCAGCAGAGCUACACGGUGCCUUACUGUGCAUCUCCAUACUCUCCUCUACCUCCUCCACCAGCAACCCCGCAUUACCCACCCCCACCCAUCCAACCGCAAACAUCGUCGGCAUCUUUGGAGAACGAAGCGCCUUUAGAUCUCGCAAUAAAGCAAAGAAACACAAAGUCUCCAUCGACUGACAAGAACUGGAAAGAAGAGGACUCAAAGAUGGAAGAAGAGGCAAUCCAUAACGAAGAGAAAGAAGUCAAAACUCCAAUGGAUGUUUCUGUCAAAUGUUCGACAGCUGAAGUGUCCACCCAAGACGAUUUGACAAACCGGUGCGCGCAUUGCGGGAUCUACUUCCUGGAUGAGGUCAUGUACGCCUUGCACAUGAGUUGCCACGGUGACCAGGCUCCGUACCAGUGCAGUUUUUGUCUUCACGUUUGCGCCGAUAAGUACGAUUUCACCACGCACAUACAAAGAGGGCUUCACCGGUACUCGGAUAAGGCGCUACAGCAAAAAUCUGAAAUCACUGUGAGUUCAGAAAACGCAAAUCAAGACGAGAAAAGCGACGAUCAAGUCCAUGACACUAACGGCAAAGAGGAGGAAGAAAAAGAAAGUACGGGAAGUGACGUAGACGACAAGCCAGGUCCUGAAGACUUUGAGGAACAACAAGAUAGCAAGAUGGGACUGGACUGUACCGCAACAUCUCCAACUGUCGCUGUUAGCAAGUCUAAAAACGGUGACAAGAACUCAGACAGUAAUUAACGUUAUUGAUUACAACAAAAAACAAACUAAAUGGUUGCCUUUAUUUGGGAAGUAUAAGCUGUAACCUCAUGUUUCUUGAGGCUAGCACAUGUCAAAGGGGUCUAUAUGUUGGGAACUAUACUGAACACAUCUUUAUGCUGGAAGCGCUUGCCUGUCAAAUGGUCAUAAAUCAUUGCCGAAUCGGGACAAAGUGCUGCAAGGACCGUCAGGAAACAUAGCCCGAAUCUGGAGUUUGACUGACAGUUGCUACUUGACACUUCUGGACAACGGGCAAGUGGCUGAAAUCGCCUAUUAAACUCAGUAAGCAGCCAUUUGCAACCCUGAAACUGGACUGGAGACGAUGGGAAAGCAAAAAAGAUUCUAUUAAUUUGUUAUGCAUCGCGUUAACCCAAAUUCCAUUGGGUGCAAGCUUAUCCAAACUGGGCUAUUGCAUUUUCAGGCCUUUUUUUAUCUGGGUACAACUAUCUGAUUUGGUGAGGAAAAUAAUGGCAGUUCAAACAGAUUCAAAUACCAAAACUUUCUAUACAUUGAAACCAUUUAGAACUGCCCUGAUUCGUCAUUCACUUGUACUCAGAGUGACUGCAUUCUCCAAUAAUGCAAAGUGCCAUUGUGUAAAGUGGCAGGAAAUGUAAUGAACUAUGUAACAGCCAUUUCUAUGUGGUUUCAAAGUGUUUUCAGCUUUGAUGGAACCAAGAGACUUUUUUCUACCUUCCUCUGUGCCAUGAAAGCAAUGUGCCUGGCCGCCUGCCUAAUAGAACAAACUAUUAACCUGCUUAACAACUAUAUUAAUAUUUACAAAAAUAAUAAUAAUGAUUUUAGUACAGACUUGUUACAUUUUCUUAUAUUUGUGCUUUUUGUACAUGCUUGAAAUGGUACUUUUUAAAUAAGUCUUUUUUUAUUUGUUUGUCUAGCAGCAGUUGAACAAAAAGGUACAGCUCAAUAGGGUUAUUCUGCUUGUUCUGAAAGUCUAUGUACAGAAUACUGUAUGUCCGUCCCCUAAUGAUGAUGAAAACAAAAUGAAGGUCAGUCCUCAGGGGUCACACGUGUUGCACCUGUUCAAUAUAUUUUCACUGCUCCUUUGUUACACACAUAAACAUUCUCUAACCUUAUUAUUUUACUGAGAGAGUAGGGCAUUAAACCCCAGAUUCAUCUAUUAUAAUACACUCCACGAGAGACUGGCCCCUGCAGAGAGGAACUGUUACAUGUUUUGUGUUUUAUUUACAGUAUAUUAUUACUCAAGCACCAGUGAUUUAAAGACUUGCAAAAAUCAUUGUGCUGUUACCACAAUGUCCCAAGGUUACAUUAUUUAUUUUUCUCAGUGCUUUUUAUUCUUUAUGCAUGUCCUGUCAGUCGUAAUAUUACCAAGACUUCAACAUUUUGCACCAGCCCCUUGGGAACAACCUGAAUGGGGUAUCAAAUUAGGAGAUGCCAUCACCAGGCUGUCUAGUCAUCAUCAUCUAGGCUUUUGUCAAACUCGCCAAAUAUGUGACUGUGUAAUAUUACACUGGGCUCAUUAACAGAUGAAUAGAUAUUCUGCACUGUUCACUGUCAGUGAUGUUAUGCCAGAUUAGUAUUACAGAUCACAUAGAGAUGUUAGUGUUUAAUAAGCCAAAAACCCAGGUGUCGCCCUCUAGUGGAUGGCUUCAGUAUUGUUCACGAGUUUGCUUGUGUAUUUCUUUGAAUAUACACCUAACUAAAAGCAAAAAACACAACUUUAUCCAAAGUGUAACCUCCCAUAUUUGACCUUGUCCUAUUAAUGUUCAUUCGUUUACAAACACAUUUCUGUUCAACCAAAAGUUCUCACAUUGUAACUCACAGAAUGUAUUGCUGAAAUAUAUUUUUGGCCGUAUAAUAAUUCUUAUUAUUAUUAUGUAAGGAUUGCCUUGUUGCCUUAGUUGCUAAAAGCUAAUCCAAUGCAGACUCCUUUGAAGUAAAUUGACAAUAGGGAUACUCUGAAAGCUUCCCAGUAUCCUGACUAGUGCCUGUAAACAUGUCAUUCAAUA